UGCCCAGAACAAAGAUGGCGGGAGAAACCUCAGUGAGAGCAGACCGAUCUGAACGCCCGAACCGCGGCGGACAGCGAGGCAGUGAGAGCGUCGCGGCCCGGACCAUGGAGGAGGGCGGCAGCGCUGGCAGCGACAGCAGCACCGGCGGGAGUGGCGGGGAGCAGCAAAGGGAGCUGGAGCGCAUGGCUGAGGUCCUGGUCACCGGGGAGCAGUUACGACUCAGGCUGCAUGAAGAAAAGGUUAUUAAAGAUAGACGACAUCAUCUGAAAACAUACCCCAACUGUUUUGUCGCGAAAGAACUGAUUGACUGGCUUAUUGAACAUAAAGAGGCUUCCGACAGAGAGACAGCAAUUAAACUCAUGCAGAAAUUAGCAGACCGGGGCAUUAUUCACCAUGUGUGUGAUGAGCAUAAGGAGUUCAAGGAUGUCAAACUCUUCUACCGCUUUAGAAAGGAUGACGGCACCUUCCCAUUGGACAACGAAGUGAAGGCCUUUAUGAGAGGACAGAGGCUGUAUGAGAAGCUGAUGAGCCCUGAAAACACACUCCUGCAACCCAGGGAAGAGGAAGGGGUCAAGUAUGAGCGUACUUUCAUGGCAUCUGAAUUCCUGGAUUGGCUGGUUCAGGAAGGUGAGGCCACCACAAGGAAAGAGGCAGAGCAGCUUUGCCACCGGCUUAUGGAACAUGGCAUCAUCCAGCACGUGUCCAACAAGCACCCAUUCGUGGACAGCAAUCUCCUCUACCAGUUCAGAAUGAACUUCCGACGGAGGCGAAGACUGAUGGAGCUGCUCAAUGAAAAGUCCCCGUCCUCCCAGGAAGCUCAUGAUAGUCCCUUCUGCCUGAGGAAGCAGAGCCACGACAAUCGGAAAUCGACCAGCUUCAUGUCAGUGAGCCCCAGCAAGGAGAUCAAGAUCGUGUCUGCGGUCAGGAGGAGUAGCAUGAGCAGCUGCGGCAGCAGUGGCUACUUCAGCAGCAGCCCCACCCUCAGCAGCAGCCCCCCUGUGCUCUGCAACCCCAAGUCCGUGCUGAAGAGACCUGUCACUUCUGAGGAACUCCUGACGCCCGGGGCUCCCUAUGCAAGGAAGACAUUCACGAUUGUUGGCGACGCUGUUGGCUGGGGCUUUGUGGUGCGAGGAAGUAAGCCAUGCCAUAUCCAGGCUGUGGACCCCAGUGGCCCUGCAGCCGCGGCAGGAAUGAAGGUCUGUCAGUUCGUCGUCUCUGUCAAUGGGCUCAACGUGCUGCACGUAGACUACCGGACCGUGAGCAACUUGAUUCUGACGGGCCCUCGCACGAUUGUCAUGGAGGUUAUGGAAGAGUUAGAGUGCUGAGCAGCCAGGCCUCCCAGCCCUCCGGUGGCCUGUAGUGAUCACAACCAGAAGCACACAAAGUAAUUCAGUGACAAGACUUCCAUGCAAAUGGAUGGCUGUGGAUAUACGAAUCUUUUCGCCAUAUGUACACAUCUUCAGUUGAGUUUCAUACACUGAAUGUGGAAGAACCGGGUAACACGUCUUUAAAAAAAAAAAAAAAAAAGGUCCAUGUAGAAAACAUUUAGGAAACAGAGUUUUCCUACGUGAUAGAAUUGCCUUACUAGAUUUCUAUUUGUAGUUUUCAUUCGUUGUUUUUUAUUUUAGAUUGCAAAAAGUUGUUGAAAUGCUUCUCUGGCCAGAACAGCAACCUACUAAAACCCCCUUCUUAGGAGUCCAUAGAAUAGUUGUUGCAGGCUUUAAAUUGUACUCUUACCAAAAUUAGCAGGGGACUGUUUAAUAAAGGAUCUAGAUUUCACCAAGCUUCAAAUUAAAGCAACAUCCAAAAGAAUAGGAUCUGUUAACUAGGAAGGUUCUAAAGCAUUCGAUUGCUUAAAUUAAAGCCAUCAAAAAAUGACUUUUUCUUAAUUCCUGCCUUUAUGACAAAUUUAACUUAACAUAUAUUUCAAUUAUGGCAUUAGUUGAAAAACAAAAAGCCAAAAACGUUGUGAUGCUAUGGACUGGGGUAGAUAGGGAGAUACUAUUUAAAGUUGUUUGCCCCUAUUUUCUCUUUCUGAGCCUAGAUCAUUUUUGUUCUAUAAAGAAGCUACAGCAGCUUUCUAGAAUUAAUCCUGAAUAUGUUGAAUGUUAGAACAGAGAAGUUUAUAUAUACACAUAUAAUUCAAAAUCAAACCUUUUGACAAGAUUUCAUUUUGAAAGUGUCCCUUUUUAAGGGAAGUAUUCUAGAACUUGGCCCAUAUGUGAUAAAACUUGAAACUCUAAAUUGCCUACUUAGCUUGAAUUUUGCUAGCUUUCUAGUGUGACAUAUUCUAAGGACAUGACAUGCUGCUUAUUGGUGGGGGGGAUUAUUUUUCACCGAAAUUACCAUCGUGUGUUGUAACUUUUCAGCUCACUUGUAUAUAUUGCAUGUUUCCUUUUUUGGUCUAGAAAAGAGUACAUUUGGGGACUUGGUGUGUAGAGGAAAUUCCUCAAAGUGCCAAAUUAGGGAGUCAGGGAAUGCUAAAUUUGUCUUCUUUUCAAAUAAUGAAUCUGAACGACAAAGUUACUUUCUUAUGCAUUAACAAAAUAAAAUAUGAAUGUUGUACCUCAGCAUUUCUUGAAGAUAGGUUAUCAUAAUGUAUUGGUACUGGUGGGAUGGACAGAAGAUGUUAUAUAUGUAUAAAUAUAUAUAUGUUUCUGGUAAUCCAACUUUUCUGAUCUGUAGCUUUAGCGAGAAAACUGAAUUCUGAAGAAAUAUAGAAUGUCGGACAUUAAUACUGUUGAUCUACAUUUGAGAAAUGUCAUUGCCUCUGUGUGUGUGUGCAUUUAUACUGUAUGCCAGACUGUGCUUUGGUAUUUAACAUAUAUGAUUCCUUUAAUCCUCAUUGCAAGAUAGAUAUCAUCACCCACAUUUUCUAGAUGUGGAACCUAAGUCUGAGCAAGAUUAAAAAUGUACUUUUAAGUUCGCACAGCUGCAAGAACUAAGUAAUAUAACUUGAAUUCAAACAUGGGUUUGUUUAAUGCUAGAGCCCAUAUGACUCCCCUCCCCCAACCUUUCCCCAUUUAAGGGCUUUAUAUUGAGGGAUUAUUCUGUGCCAGGUGCUGUGCUGAGACUUUAGGUCGUUUGUCCUUACUGACCUAUGAGGAAACUGACUCAUAAAGAGGUUAGUCAUAGUCCAGGGCCACACAACUAGUAAGUGGGAAACCUUGCCACUUUGCAUUAAAAAAAAGAAUUGUAUAACAUCUUUAAAAGAUGAGUUCUAGAUGCUUUCUGUCCCCAGGUUUUCAUUAAUUGACAAAAGAAGAAGGAUCGCCUUUUGAAAAAUGGCAUCUUCUUCUUGCCAGCUUCUACAUUUCACUCACAUCCUAAUGCCUGUCAUCUUGGACCCUGGCAUACUAUAACUGUCUUUUAACCAAUCAGGCACCAGAGAAGCAUCUCUAUUUAUUCCACACAGCCUCCUCCUGCCCAUGAGGAAGGAUGGGAGGAAGAGAGGAAGGAACUGUUGGGGUUUUUUUUGGUUCCCAUCACCCUCAAUUUAAAGACCAAAUGCCAGAAAGAAAACCGUGAGAGUUUUACCUUAGCUACUCUUCUAGCCUACCCCUGACAUUGUCACACAGCAAUUAAAGUGACUGCCCUCACUUCCAGAGACCCCAUCUCACUCCCUCCAGCCUUUGCACAUGGAGUUUCUCCUCCUUGGAAUGUUCUUUCUCCUGGAAAAUUCUUUCUUCUUAACUCCCCUGAGAUAGUAUCUCCUCUGAGAAGCUUUGCCAGCUCCACAAUUCUGGAAUUGAUGCUCCUUCUUUAUAUUCCCCUGUUCCCUUAAGUCCCAUCCCCCAUCCCAGCAUUAAGGACAUUUACUUUGAAAUUGCCGUGUUAUGUGUCUGUCUCCCUAACUAGACUCUAAACAUCUGCAGAACAGGGACUGUUCUGGGUAUUCCCUUCACCUAGUAGGGUGUCAGCAAACCACCCCAAUGGUGGCUAAUAACAACACCAUUUAUUUUUUCAUGAUCCUAUAGGUUGGCAAUUUGGGCAGAACUUUGUCGGUCUGGCCUGCUACCGCUGCAUGGGUGCCAGUGGGUCUACACACACAGUGGUGGUCAGAGAAGUCACAAAGUUAGCCAAGAAUCAAGGGUUGGGGAAAUAGAUGCCAUCUUUUGAUGCGAGGAGCUCCUAGGGAUUUGUGGCCAUUUGUAAUCCACCAAGAGUAGGUACCCACUAUUUGUUGAAUAAAAGUCCAAGGCGUUACCUAGUUAUUGAAAGUGUUGGACUAUCCAGAUGCAAAUUACUGAGGAACUACUGGGUAGAAGUGUAAUGUUAAGUUGUGAAUGAAGCCCAAUGUCUAAUGAACACUUUAAAGUCAGGAAAUGCUAAAACAAUAGUGUUACACAGGGCCAUGUAGAGCACAGUUUAGUCUUUUCAUUUUACUAAUGAGGAAACUGAACUGUGGAAUGGUCACAGGCAUGCCCAACCUCACAAGGCUUGGUGGGUCACAGCUUGGGCCAAAUGCCUGUCUAUUGCCUUCCAGCCCUAUGGCCUUUACAGUACAGCCUUUUGCCUUGGAGGGUAUGCAGCAAAAAUAGGCCUUCAGCUUUGGGGUCUUUAUAAAAUGAAAGUGGUGCCAUGUACCUGUGAAAGGAAAAUAUUUUAAUUGACUCAGGUCUUGGAUUUUUAAAUCGUGUCAUAAAAAAAUAAUAAUUUUAUGUGAUAUUUUUACCAUUGCCCUGCUUUAAAAUUUAAAAAAAUUUCUAAAUGUAACAUCAAGAAGUAUCCUAAAUUAACAAUAAGCUAUGUUUCUAGGAGCUUUUAUUUCAUAUAUUUGUGUGUGUAUUAUAUGUGAGGUUUCAGUCAUUCAGAACUUCUGAAAUGUCUUUCUUUGUGCCCUUAAAAAAAAGCACUUGAUUUUCAGGUGCUUGUAUAAUGUGUUCAUGUUUUUGUGAUGGAGAUGAAAGUAAUUUUUGUUUCCUCAUUAGCAUAGUAUGUUCAAUUGUGAAAGCCAUGUUCUGUUGUAGAGAGAAAAAUUCAGUUGCCUUUUAGGUUGAUUCUACUGUUUGUUUUAUUAUUAAUCAAUGUUAAAUAAUUGCAUAAAUUAGUCAGAAGAAUAGAUGGGAAAUGGUGGGUAACAUGAAAGAUACCCAUCUUUGCAUAGAUUAGAUGUGAGCAACUUCACACCAUCUUAUAAAAGGUGGCUACAUUGGAGGGAUGGAAAUUAAUAUUUAAAAUGUCACUGCUUUAAGUUCAAAUUGGAGGCUUACAUUUAAAAUACAAGGCUACUUCAAAAAGUUCAUGUAAAGAUUUAUCUUCAAUUCUACUUUUCCACAAACUUUUUGAAGUAUCCUCAAAUGUAUGUUGUGAAAAUAAUCUUGCUUUCAAAACCUAUUUUAAACUGAUUAUAUGAACUGUUCUCUCCUGUUAAGUAUUGAUCUUGUUUCAUUUUUAUUAUAAAUGAUCAGAAUAACUCUAGAACAUUUUAGUUUUGCUAAUUGGUUGGAAUCUAUUGAUGUCAUUGACCAUGGUUUUACUCCUUUAAGGCAGAAUUUUGGGUGUAAUGUGUUUUUCUUCAGUUCAAUGCCAAAAGGACAAAUCUGUUGUGUACCAAAAUGAAGUUCAUCAUCAAAGAUAGCAAAUGAUAUUAUC